AUGGCGACUGAGGAAACACUUCGUACUUUAUAUAAGGCUUUUAGUGCGGAGUUUAAACACUCUUGGCUUUGCCCUGGUUGUUCGCUUAAUCAACCCAGGUUGGUGAAAAAUGAUAACACUCCUAUCAGGCCCGGCACAGAAAAUGUAAAUGCUCGCAGAGGUGGCUCCUGCGCUGAUUCUCCUCCACCGUCUGCUAAUUAUGAGAUAAACCCUACGUUACUGGAUACUGUCAAGGAUAUAAUAGCCUCCGAGAUGGCAAUGCUUAAAUCUGAACUGCGAGAAGCCAUUACUGAGGCUAUUUCAGUGGAACUUAAGCCAGUUAGAGAUGAGCUCGCUGUAAUCAGGGAAUCCAUGAAUUUCAUCAAUAGCCAAUAUGAGACAAUUGUGAAGCGUGUAGACGAUCUUGAGAAAAACAUGAAAUCGUGCAUCAAUAUAAAAUCUGAACUUGGUUCCAUUAAGGAUCACAUUGACAGUGCGGAGGUGGAUAAUGACAAGCGGGAGCAGUGGGUUCGGCGGUCUAAUGUAGAGAUUUUUGGCAUUCCAGAGAGGAAAGGAGAGAACUUAAUGCAAAUUCUUAGGGACGUUGCUAGUAAAGCGGAAUUUUCACUUGAUCCAUCUCAAGAUAUUGAUUUUGUUACUCGUGUAGCCCCUAAGAAUAAUGAUUCUAAAAAAAUUAAACCUAUUGUUGAAAUUUUCGACUCUCGUUACACAGUUUAUAGAUGUGACAGAGAUUAUGAAACGCGAGGGGAUCAUCUUGGUGGAGGUGUGCUCAUAGCUCUGCGUCGAGAGCUGCAGGUGUAUUCGUUUAGUACGGUUUCAAUGCCUGGUGCUGCAGCUGAGGCUAUCGAAUUGUGUGUUGAUUUAAAAUCUUCAAACAAAUCAGAAAGACUCCACAUUUUUUGUGGUUAUUUUCCUCACUGUCCUCGACACUUUGAUAGCUUAUUGCAUUUCUUUGAGAGUGUAUCCGAUGUCAUUGUUAACAAUCCUGAUGAUGAUUUUUUUAUCUUGGGUGACUUUAAUAUUUCUUCAGCACAAUGGACUUCCGCCGAUCAUGCACCCUAUAUGACAAACUCCACAAUAAAUGGCGAUCAUUUAGUACAGGCAUUGCAAGGCUUCAUUAGUUUUACGGAUCUUAGGCAGUAUAAUCACAUAUUCAACACAAAGAACCGAAUUCUCGAUCUCGUUUUUUCAAAAAGGGAGUGUUUAGUUGCUCAUUGUAAGGAGCCUUUGAUCGACGAAGAUCCUCACCACCCGGCUCUGGAUGUGAUUCUUAAAUCAUCUUCACCACAGGUGCUUCAUUCUGCUCCGCGUGUUGUAAGAUUGUUUCACAAUGCUGACUAUGAUGCUAUUAACAAUGAUAUUGCUUCUGUUGAAUGGCAGAUUCUGCUUCAGGGUAAGGAUGUUGAUGCCGCGGUAUCAGUUGCCUUGGAUCAGGGUUAUCAGGUUGAUGCUGUGUAUAUGGAUUAUUCUAAGGCAUUUGACAAGAUUCCACACUCUAUACUUCUUCAGAAGAUUCUUGAAAUUGGUAUACAUGGUGACCUUCUGCGAUGGUUUGAAUCUUAUUUGAGGGAGCGCAGUCAGGCCGUUACAACAACAUGUUCCGAGGAGUAUUUAAAUUUUUAUCCUUUUUUUUUGUUUUCAGUUGAAAUAAGACCCAAUCGCGAACGAACUUUCGGUUUACGAAGUGUUCCAACACAUACUGAGGAUGGAAUACCCAUCAGAAAGUUAUAUGUGUCGAAUCUACCGUCGAAGACAACGAGAACAGAACUGUUUGGAGUGUUUGCACAGUAUGGCUUCAUUAAGAGCUGCUGGUUGAGGAUGGGCGAAAAAGGUCCAAACAGAACCCCUACACCAACUUACGCAUUUGUUACUUUUAGUAACCCUGAGGAUGCUCAUAAAGCUCUUCAAGCCCCUAUUCACGAAAAGACACUACGGGGACGCAAUCUUAGAAUAUCACCCGCUGACAGUUGGCAUCAACCAUCUGAAGAUUCUGAUGGGAGUGUCCGCUGGAAGCCGAGCUGUCGACGGGAGGAUACUGGCACCCCCACGUGGAGCACAGAGCAACAGAAUGCCGAUAUAGAAGAGUCAACAAAUCACGUAGAGGCCUUAAAUAUUGAUACAAGUAGCAACGAAUCCACUAGUGAAGAAUGUGAAGAAGAUGGUAGUCAGCCUUAUACUAUAUUGGAUGUGCUCAAUCAAGAUUGUUUAAUACACGUUUUAAGCUAUGUUCCUAUUAGAGAUCUUAUCAGAUCUGAAAGAGUUAGUAAAAGAUGGCAAAACAUGGUACAAGAAUAUUUACAGGGUCGGCGCACGUUCAAGACGUCGUGGUGGGCGCACGUGCCGGUGACGCUGACGACGGCCGUGCUGCGGCGCGUGCUGCAGCGCCUGGGCGCGCUGCUGCGCCUGCACAUCGACCACCACUGGUCCGCGCUCAACGACCGCACCGCGCACACCGUCGGCAAGUUCUGCCCGCUGCUCGAGGAGCUCAAGGUGGUCGGAAUGCAUACAAAAAAUUGGAAUCCAUUAAUUUAUGGAUGCAAAAACCUAAAAAGUCUAUCGUUUGUGUCAUGUAUCAAGCUCACAGAUUCGAGUCUGGUUAAUUUAAUGAAAAGCGAUUCAAGCAUAGAAAGCCUGACGGUAGCUAACAAUACACACGUGACUGGUUUAUUUCUCACAGGGCUUAAAUCUUCGAAACUAUCGUCUUUAGCGUUUUACAACUGCUACAGUCUCCAAGGCACCGUUCUUAGCGCGGCUAUAGACACACUACCGAACUUAACAACGCUCAAGUUAGAUGUUUGUCCUGUUACUAUGUGGAAAAUAAUACCGCUUAUACUGAACAAACUGCCAAGACUCGAGGAACUAUCCCUCAGCGAGUACACGUCACUGGAGUUGUUCCAGGCGCCUCCAGGAAAUGAAGCGUUCUGUACAGCCCUAUCCAAUCUGACCGAAUUAAAGAUAUUGGACUUGAGCAGAAACAUUUACAUCACGGACAGCGUUUUGAAAACUGUGGCCCAGUCAUGUCUUAAAUUAGAAGAGCUUAAUGUAUCUAGCUGCAACUCUAUGAAGAAUUUUCCAAAUCCUGGAGUGGGCGACGGCGGACUGCUGGCCGUGUGCGGCGCGUGCGCGAGCCUGAAGCGCCUCGACGUGUCGUACCUCGGCGAGCUGACGGACGCGGGGCUGGCGGGCGCCGCGCGCCUGCCGCGCCUGGCCGAGCUCACGGCGCGCGGCAUGCCGGCGCUCUCCGCCGCGCCCUUCGCCGCCGUGCUGCGCGCCUGCCCGCUGCUCGCGUUGCUGGACUUGUGCGGCUGCGACGGCGUGUCGGAGGAGGUGGUGUCGGCGGCGGUGGAGGGCGUGAGCGCGUCCCCGCGACCGCUGGCUCUGCGGGUGGCGGGCACGGCGGCGGCGGCCGCGCGCUCGCAGCUCGAGACCCACAAGCUGUUGAUGGUCGAUCUAUAUGAGGACCGCAGUAAUCCCCACAUGAGGCCGGACUUCGUCGACCGCAUGUUCGAACAAGGCUCAGAAGACUCCUUUGAAGAUAUACUUUACGAUGAAGACUUCGACGAUUUUCUCGUGGACGAUGGUGAUGAAAUGUUUCUGGAAGACGAUUUAGAUGACUACGAAGGUGUUAUUGAAUUUCAUCCGCCCAACCACUUCAACAACAUAUUUCUGCUUUGAAAAUAUCUAACUUUGUAUCAAAAACCUUCAUUACCUAACUUUAUUCUUAAAGAAAGAUAACGUGAUUUUGUACUUUGAGUUUUGUGUUCUAAAUAGUUUUGUGUGACCGCUUCUGUUAUUGUUUCACUGAUCACUUUAUCUUUUUAGAGAUUAAUAGAUGAUAGUUUGUUUAGAUGUCUCCUAAAUUAGAAAAAAUUAAAACAGUCUCGCCUAUCUUUAUAGCUAUUAUAAAUGUAUUAUUAUUUUUGUUUGGAUUACAUAAAAAAUAAAAAUAUAAAAAAGCAGUAGCUGAAAAUAGACCAAUGAUUAUCUGUAAUAUUGUCAAUAUAUAUGUAUCUGUGAUGUCAUUGCAAUCUACAGCAAUAAACGGAUUUUGUAGUGUUUAUUGUUACUUUUAAUAUAUAUAAAUAUAUAAGUAUAAGCAAAGUCUGAAAUAUUGUGAUAAUAUGUAAAUUUUUCAUGUACCUAAUGGUUUAUUUUUUCAUAACUGGUAUUAUUUUGUAUAAUAUUAUGAAUUGUAAUAAAUUUAAAUUGUAGAUAGGUUUAACUGACAGAUUGCAUAUAUAGCCUGUUCAAAAAUGAGUUGUAACAUGCAACUCGAUUAGAAAGACUGUUAAAUGAUGUUCAUUGCCUCAUAGUUAUACUUAUUCAAUGUAGUGAUUGCUAGCUUCAAGCAUCAAACUGCUUGAUUAUUAUAUUUACAUGUUUACACCUGUGUAAAGCUAGUUUAGUAAUAAAUAUGAUAAUAAGGCUGAGCAGUUGAGUAUCUCGUUUAUAGGAAUGCUGCGACACAAUGUUUACGUAAGAUGUAUAUAGAAAAGGAAACACUAUAGUAUUUACUACACCCGUCAGUAAAUCUGGCAGUUGAUUGUUGAACAGUUGUUAAACUUAAUCUUUUUAUAUUCUGUUUUUACUAGGUGCAAUAUUACAUGCAUGGAGUGAAUUAGCUCUUUUGAAAUGUUUUUCACUAUUUUAUAUUACAUUACUGUAUCAUUGUA